UACCAAUGCUACCUGUUUACAAAAUGAAAAGCAUGUAGGAUCACAUGUAGCACAAAGUCAAGAUGAUUCCUGUUAAUGAAUUGUCUAUCCGCAAACGAAAUGACAGAAAAUUUGAAUAUGAAUGCAGUAAAGACUGCAAAUUUGGAGAUGGCUCGGAAAAAGUUAUGGCCGGAAAAGAGAAAGCAUCAGCCAACACUACGCCAAAAAUAGAUUCUGUAUGUCUGUUGCAGUGUGUCGGAAUAUUUGGCGCUGCAUUUGGAAUUUAUUCUAACACAUUAUAUGGGGACUUUAUACAUGAUGACAAUCCUGCUAUUUUACGGAAUCCUGAUGUCAAGGGGUCGAAUAGAUUACCGAGUGUUUUCAAAAACGAUUUCUGGGGGACACCGAUGUCAAGCAACGCAAGUCACAAAUCUUACAGGCCAAUUUGCAUUCUUAUGUUUCGAUUUGAACAUUAUCUGUUUGGAUACAACCAAUUUUUCUUUCAUGUUACAAAUGUAUGUCUGCAUUCAGUGGUGUCUGUUCUAUUCUGGAUUGUUUGCAAUCGUGUAGUAUUCAAGUCCAAAACGAACUGUAAAAUUUUAUCUUUCGUAAGCGCAAUUUUGUUUGCGCUUCAUCCAAUACACACGGAAGCUGUAGCAAAUAUAGUCGGAAGAGCUGAACUUUUGUCAUCGUUCUUCUAUCUACUAUCGAUUCUGUGCUAUAAUAUAUCAUUGAAGCGAGAAAUUCAGCAUGGAAGUAAAAUUUCCGACGAAAAAAGGGAUAAAAACGGCAAUGAGAAGAAUGAUGGAAUAAGAGUAUUACUAAAUGCCAUAAGCUGUAAAGUUUGGUUGAAGAUAUAUUUCUUUUCUUCGCUACUGUUAGUCACAUUUGCGAUGCUAUCGAAAGAAAGUGGAAUAACAAGUUUGGGAAUAAUGCUUGUAAUGGAAUUUAUUCACAUGAGAGGAUCAACAAAAAAAAGUUCAGGAAAAGUAGUAUUGCAUGUUUAUCGCGCAAUAGCAGUUACAUGUUGGAUAACAUUGAUGCUUAUUUUUCGACUGACAGUAAUGAAUUGGACGCAGCCAAUAUUUGCAAAACCUGAUAACCCUGCUUCCCAAAGUCGUAAUUUUAUGACUCGAUUUCUUACUUAUUCAUAUCUGGUUUGGAUUAAUUUCAAGCUAUUGGUUGCACCCGUUUAUUUACUUUAUGACUGGUCUUACGGCACUGUCCCGAUAAUAACAUCUAUAUUCGAUAUUCGCAAUUUUGUCACUUUACUGUUUGGAAUAUCUAUAAUUAUUAUAACCUCUCGAAUAGCAUUUGCUACGUGGAAAACGGGCAUUAUCAAUCCAUCCUGUUACGGAUAUCUCUUGUUGUUUAUUCCCUACCUACCUGCAUCAAACUUAUUUUUUCCCGUCGGCUUUGUCAUUGCAGAAAGAACUCUGUACAUGCCUAGCAUGGGCUACAUUAUUCUACUUGUCGUUUUCUGGGAAUAUAUCUAUAACCGCUUCCAUAAUAUUCAUAAAGUUCUGAGAGCGAUAAUCUUUUCAAUAAUGCUUUUGUAUGGUAUAAGAACGUGGGUUCGGAACCAGGAUUGGCAAAAUAAAGAAACAUUGUUCAAUUCCGGCGUGCAUACAGCACCACAGAAUGCAAAAAUCAGAUACAACUGGGGAAAUUUUCUGCGAGACAAUGGACGGUACAGAGACGCCAUGUUAGAGUACGAGGAAACCUUGAAGUUGUACCCUAGCUACCCUGGAGCUCUAAACAACUUGGCAAUCAUAUUGGAAAUGAACCACUCUACCUGCGCAAGGGCGGAAGAGCUAUACGUAAGAUUAAUACGACUGGAACCAAAUCGGAUUGAUGCAUACAAAAACCUAGCUGAUCUUCACAUGCGGAAAAAGCGAUACGAUUCUGCAGUUGAUGUGUAUUCACGUAUUUUUGAUGAAUUCGGAACUCAUGUAGCACACGUCAUCUCAUUUGCAGAGAUGUUGUACAAGAACAAUCUGACAAAUCAAACCGAACGACUUCUAGCGAGGGUACUAUCACAAUACUGCACUGUACAGAAGGACGGUGAAGUCAUAAACAUAAUAUCCAAGAGUCGAAAUUUUAAACGGGCCUCCUCGUGCAUAUCCAAUACAAAUGAGCUACAUACCGUAUAUACUUUAUAUGCUAAGAUCGCAACAAAAAAGCUCACUCCGAAGGAGUUGAGUAUUUUAUUAGAGCGAUCUGUCACUCUAAAAUCUGACCAAAAGUAGCUUAAAGCGCCCUCGUCUGGUUAAAAAACGAUGAAGGGAAUUUUGCCACAAGUGAGAAAUUUUUGUUAGAGUCGGCAAAAUGAAUUUUGGAAUAAUUCGUCAUCUUUGGAAACUUGCUGAACUUUCAAUAGAGAACGGGACAAUUUGAAAUGUUGUUGAAUAUUUUUAGUGAACGUUACCAUACGUUCCGGUUUAUCCCGGUUUUGACAAGCUGUCCCGCCCGGCAGAUUUAAAUGUCCCUGUCCAUGCAGUAUUGCAGUAAUCAAUUGUUUUUAUUUUUAUGGAGGUGGCCCAUUCAUCACUGAUUUACGACUCACUUCGCAGUGAUAAAGAAACUAUAUUCUUAUGUAAUAAAGAUUACUGCGUCAAUUCAACAUCUUACGUUAGCAGCAUUAAAUAUUUCGAAAUGCCGUAAAGAAAUUGCACGAUUUCCAAUGAUUGGAAUAUUACUAAUAUAUAUUCAUAUGAGUUGAAUAAUACCAAGCCUCGGAAUCGAACCAGGGUUUGUAAAAUCAACACUGUUUUUGUUUAUAUAUAUAAAUGGUAAGCUUGUUUUUAGGAAAUUAUUGGGAAUUAAUGAAAACACCAAAAAAUGAGUUGCCGUAUUUAACGCAUUACAUCUAUUUUAAUUGAAGCACAAAUCAUUCUCGUGAAAUUGAAAGAGAAUGAUUGCGAAUGUUGUUUCUCGAUAGAAAUCGAGAACGAUGAUUCAGCGUUGUCAAUUCAAUACAUUUAAGAGAAAUAACGCCAUUGCACUGAAUUUCAAAAAUAUUAACACCAAAACAAAUAUAUAUAUAUAAAAUGAGGUCUGUAAAUUAUGUACUAUUGUUAAC